GUUACCAUCACAGCCUCCCAUCGUCUCCGUACUCCACCGGCCCCGAGGGUCAGAGGUUACCUUCGUCCGGGACGCUGUCAUCAGAGUUCCUCAACCACGGCGUCCCUGUAAAGAUUCUGCUGUUGGUGUGCAACGCUGCAGGGAGCGGCCAGCAGGCUGUUAGGUUUGGACCUCCGUUCCUGAUGAGGGAGGAUCGGUCUAUUUCCUGGGACCAGCUGCAGCAGAGCAUCCUCAGCAAGCUUUAUUACCUGAUGAUCAAUGGAGCUCAGGCGCAG